AUGCGUGCCGUACAUACUCAGAUUACCUUCUGGGCGAUGCUCAAUCAUGCAACGCUUGCCUCUGAAGUAGGAGGGAGCGCUAUUCCACCACCAACCGGGCCUUAUGCUGUUGGUGUGAGAAAGUUUGAGAUAGACUAUGUCAACACAGAAGACCCCGUCGCUCCAGGCAAUGUGAGCACGUCAUUUUUAGCAACGGCAUUCUACCCAACAUCGGCACGCUAUGGCAACAUCGCAGAACCAUACCUCGAUCCUGCGGUGGCUGCCUUGUGGGAGACUACAUACAACCUCUCAGCUGGCGACCUGGCGUCUUUGACGUCAACAUUGGCAAGAAACGCACCAGCACUUGAUAAUAUCUCAUUUCCUACUCUCGUCUUCGGACCGGGCGGGGCGGGCCCACCAACUGAGGUCUUCACGAUAAUACUCUCCGACUUGGCUUCACACGGCUAUACAGUAUUUGGAUUGGACCAUCCUUACGAGCAACCAUUUGUCAGAUUUCCUAAUGGUACUGGAAUUUACGGGCUCCCUGUCAUAUCAGUUGGAUUUACUCCUGAAUUUGUGACGGCCCUUCAUAACAUUAGGGUUAAUGAAACAAUCGCAUUCAUCAACAACAUCCCAGACAUUUCUCGCGAGCUCGGGUCUUCGGUCAACACGACGCACAUUGGCACAUUUGGCACCUCGCUAGGUGGGUCUGCAGCGUUGGGUGCGCUGCUUAAGGAUCCUCGCAUCAAAUCGGGAAUUAAUGUUGACGGGACCUUCUGGGGCGAUCUCAGAGCCAAUGACUCCUCAGUGGAUGCCGCGCGACCUGUAUUCCUCUUCGGAAACACCGGGCAUUUUGGAUCAAAUAGGUCCGACAUUACAUGGGCUACAUUUCCCGCGGCGCAGACGGGUUGGUGGAGGCAGCUGAACGUGAACGGCUCCUUCCACCACGACUUCAGCGAUAGGACGUUCUGGAAAGAAGUCUUCGGUAUUCAACAGAGCACCCUCGGGCCUAUCAACGGGUACCGCAUGAUCAAUAUUACUCGAACAUUCAUUAGAGCUUUCUUUGACUACACUUUAUUGGGAAAACCGCAGUCAAUAUUUGAUGGAUCAUCAGACGCUUGGCCGGAGAUCAUAUACAGCGGCGGUGGAAAUGGGUCUGAGUCAACUAAUGUCUAA